AUGGCUGCUUGCGACAAGAAAAAGGUUGUGUUCACCAUGGGAUCAACUGGAACUAGGAAAACCAAGCUUUCGAUCGACCUGGGCUCACAUUUCCCCUCUGAAAUUAUCAACGCCGACAAGAUCCAAGUUUACAAAGUUCUGGACUUAAUCACCAACAAAAUCCCAGAAUCUGAACGACUAGGAAUCCCCCACCAUCUCCUCGGAAUCAUCAAACAUCCCGAAUUCGACUACUCUCCCACCCAUUUCUGCGACCAUGUCAUCCCUGCGAUCGAGCACAUCACCCAACAAGGGCACCUCCCCAUCACCGUAGGAGGCUCCAACACUUACCUCGAAUACCUUGUGGAAGAUCCCACCUUAGACUUUCGUUCCAAAUUUGAUUGUUGCUUCCUCUAG